CAUCAUGUGCCAGCGACAUUCGUGUUGUACAGUACUCGCCCUUGUUUUCGUGGUGGUAUUUACCAUACUGCAGUGCGCUGCUGUCGUCGCUCCUUUCUGGGUUUAUGUGUUUGAGGGAUCGUACCAGGGCUACUUUGGACUAUGGCAGACAUGUAAUGAGGGAUUAACAGAUGGUCACUAUCUCUGUAUGAACGUAUUCAAGGACGGUCGAUUUAACAUGAUGGGAUUCUACCUUGUACAAGCGUUUGCAACAUCCGGCUUGGUGGCAUCACUUAUAACCCUGGGAGUAGCAAUCCAUCAACACUGCGGUAACCAUGUAGACGUAUGCUUGACUGUCCUUCUCUCUGUGAUGAGUUACAUCACAUGCACUAUUGUUAUAACAAGUCUCGUCUUUUUCAUCCGAAACGUGAAUGAGAUCGGCACGGUUUCUGGACAGACAUUUAAUUACAUACCCUAUAUGUCCGCCUCUGUAUACGCGUCAGGUGGAACUGUGUUUUUCAGUAUGUUGUCCGGGUCUAUUUUCAUCAUCGUUGCCUACAGUGCCAGUAAAGGAUCUGGUUAUGACGGAUCACAGGAUGGUGGGAGGCAAGACGCUCAAGUGCAAGAACAAGAGGGACGAAUAGCAAACAGGCGAUUCCGAUCUAAUAAGAUAUUUGACUACAAAUACUAUUUUUAAAAGUAAAGAAACAUUGCAAAUCAGUUCUAGUUGUUAAAAAUGGAUUUCCAGCAGUUUAUAAUUUCUUCAAGCUGUGAUCGUCACCUCAGAUAGAACUUUCUAUAGGUUAGACAGGAUUACAAGGAUUUUUGUCAUCCUCUUGGCUAGUAUGCACUCAUUUAUUGUAAUUUAAGAUAUGUCAGGACCAUGACGAAAUUAGUUAUGUUGGCCAAUUCGAUCAACAAGUCGUUGGUUUGGGUUUAAAGCUUUGGAUUCCCUUUGGUGCCCAGUGGUCAACACGUAAUGCUCGGAGGCAUUUUAUGUUGUACGUAUUGUUAAAAGAGUACAAAUAGCUUGAUUCAGUAAUCAACGGUUAUGUGAUAUGGAAAGUGAAACAGUCAUCCAGUCAAUGUUUAGGCAAUGGUAUUUACAGAUCCGGUUGUAAUAUAGUGGAAUAUUGGCUUUUUAUGUCAUAUUUUAUUAUAGAUAGCACUUUUUGUUCAGAAGAUUUUUGUCGGUGACAUAUAAAGAUGUGGGCAAAUCAAAAUACAAAUUCCAAUAGCCUCCACAUGUCGUAUUUUCUUAGCGAAUACAUUUGGAUUAGAGAUAAAUAGGACAAGCAGUAUAGUCUAUUAGUAGGUCUUCAUCGGAAUCAGAUGAUUUGAAAUCAGUAGACUUUGCCGCCAUAGACCCUCUUUUAUAUAUAAAAAAAAAAUACUGGCUUUGAUUCGAUAUUUAUAAUUUGAUUUCAGUUUUGAAGCUUCAGGUAAAUACA